UGUGAUUGUGUCGCUUUGUGAUUUGCAUCCUCCUGUUCCCAUUAAAAGUGAAAAGCCUCUGUUGUAUGUAGCUUACAUGAUACAUAAUUAUAUAUACAUACACCAAUCAUUAGCCAUCCCCAAACCAAAAUCGGGAUGGUUUUAGAGAUCGUACAUCCUAAUUCUUGUAUCAGAGGGUGCUGCCGCAGCGAUUCGAUCCCUCUGCACCUCUCAUCGUCUUCCUACUCGCUCUCACUUCCAAUUGCUCGAGGUGCUGAAAGUGUUGUUUAUGAUGCAACUUUGGAUGGGAAAAGAGUUGCUGUUAAAAAGCCCGUUUUAUCCACCUCCGACGACAUUAAUAAGUUUCAUAAAGAAUUGCGAUUGCUAUGCAAGUUAAAUCAUCAAGGGAUUGCGACAUUGGUAGCAGCACAUGCAAGACCACCAAACUACAUGUUCUUCUUCAAGUUGUAUGAGUUUGGAAAUCUUUCUCAGAAGUUACAUGUUGAGGAAUGGAAUCCAAGUAUCAACCAAGCACUUAUGAUCACCAGACAGCUAGCAAAUGCUUUACAGUAUCUUCAUAACAUUGGAAUUAUACAUAGAGAUGUGAAGCCAGCGAAUGUUCUUCUUGACAAAAGCCUGCAGCCACAUCUUGCAGACUUUGGUUUGUCUGAAUACAAACAAGAUCUUAAACAAGUCACACUGGAAAACUGGAGAUCAUCAGGAAAGCCAACAGGUGGAUUUCAUAAGAAGAAUAUGGUAGGUACUCUCAUUUACAUGGCACCUGAAGUAUUGAGAAAGGAGAUUCAGACCGAAAAAUCCGACGUAUACAGUUUUGGAAUUUCAAUCAAUGAACUUCUCACAGGUGUUGUCCCAUAUACUGAUCUUCGCACUGAAGCACAGGCUCACACUGUGCUGGAAAUGAACUACACUGAACAGCAACUGACAGCAGCUGUUGUGUCUGAAGGGUUAAGACCUGCACUUGCAGGGACUGAAUCAGGUGCACCACCAAGAUUACUAUCUCUGAUACAGAGCUGCUGGGAUGCUGACAUCCACAAUAGGCCUUCAUUUGAUGAUAUCAUCACCGAACUUGAUCUCAUCAUGGAAAAUAAUAAGAUCUUAAAAGUAGAGGAGAAUAUUCUCCCUCAAUCAUCCUCAAUUGAUGACAUCACUCAGAUAAUCCAACCUUAUAAAGAGAACAUCAACUGGUUUGUUCAGGGUGAAAAUAUUUUGAAGACUGUAAAUGGAAGUGGUCUUGGUGUGGAAAAUUGGAAUAUUUAUUCGGAUAGUUCUUCAGUGUAUCUUCCUGUUCUAUCAUGGGGUUCCUUUGCUACUUGUGGAAGAAGGGAGUCCAUGGAGGAUACUCACUUUCUUAUGCCUCAUGUGGAGAAUCAAAAAGAUGUCCAUAUGUUUGGAAUCUUUGAUGGCCACAGAGGUGGUGCAGCUGCAGAAUUUUGUGUUGGAGCACUACCAAGACUGUUAUUGCAAACUCUAGAUCAUGCCACCAGUCCGCAUGAUGCACUUAAAGAAGCAUUCAUCAACACUGAUGUGGCAUUCAGAAAGGAAUUGAAUUCCAAUUCCGAGUGUAAAUCCAAGAAAGAGUAUCACCCAGGCUGUACAGCAAUUGGUGCUGUUAUAGUUGAAAAUAGGCUUUUUGUUGCUAAUGCUGGUGAUUGCAGAGCAAUCUUAUGUCGUGCAGGUUCUGCCAUUCCUUUAAGUAAGGACCAUGUUGCAAGUAGUCCUGAAGAGAGAGAACGAGUUAUGAGUUUAGGUGGUGAGGUCAAAUGGCAGCUUGACACGUGGAGGGUUGGCCAAGCUGCCCUACAGGUUACACGGUCAAUUGGUGAUGAUGAUCUGAAGCCUGGGGUAACUGCAGAACCGGAGGUUACUGAGACCAUACUUUCAGAUGAGGAUGAAUACCUGGUGAUGGGUAGUGAUGGGCUGUGGGAUGUUGUAAGUAAUGAUGAAGUGGUUGAGAUAAUGAAGAAGACAGUGAAAGAGCCUGGAAUGUGCUCCAAGAGAUUGGCAAUGGAGGCUGCAGAGCGUGGUAGCAACGAUAAUAUAACAGUCAUUGUUGUCUUUCUUCAUCCCGCAAAUUAUCCCUUUGCAACUCUUAUAUCCAGUUUGUCGCUUCAAGGAACAAGUUUCAUCUGCAAUACAACAAGUAUGGCUAUUUUUCUUUCAUUCUUGAGUCUGUGA